UUUCCUUCACCUCACUUUUUCUGCUCAUUGGCAUUUCGCUACCGAUUGUUUGCUGUUUGUUCCCUGCGCGCAUCGUCAGGCUGCAGGAGAGUGAGCAGUGAGAGCCAGUCCGAUCCUUGCCUCUUCUACUUUCUCCGGUUCGCCAAUGUGUUUAUAAUGCAGACUUGAGCACCUGCAGAUGCUGCUUACGUCCGUUCAUUCAUUCUCCUGUAGCUUAUUUUGUACGAUUGCGCAUCAGUGACUUAAUCGACUCUUUUUUCGACUUUUUUAUUCUUAUUACCCACGCAAAUUUUUUGCCCGUCCCGCCUCGCUCGAUUAAGACGGGGUCCAUUGCUUUGCAUCCCCAUUCGACAGUGCUCCCCUUGUCCCCCAAUUUGUUACUGCCCCUUUCUUUAAUCGACGCCCCCCCGCCCGCGCGUGUGUACGAUUCAACUGGUACGACUUUUUUUUUGCGAGCAGUUUGGAGACAAAAAGCAACCUCCUCUCUGUUCCAAUCUUGCACCUGGCUGGCCACAAGACACCUAGAAGCCAAACAAAAAGCCCCACUCUACUGUUAUUAAUAUCAAAAGCUCUCCAGCCACACACUGGCUUGAUCUCGACAAACGACCGAAAUACGACGACCGCUCCUUUCGGGCUCAACGCGACCGACCCCUUCCCCAACUCUCAACGCUCCUUUGGCUGGUCCGGGCCUCAACGCCGCCACCAAUGACGACAAAGGUUGAAACGCAGGAUCCCCAGGUCCAGGUGGAUCGGAGGUCCAAAUACCAUGAGGCCGAUGUGGUAGUUGUCGGAGCUGGCGUCUUCGGAUGCGCCAUCGCAUACGCGCUAGCAAACCAGGGCAGGAGCAUCCUGCUGUUGGAGAGAUGGAUGCAUGAGCCAGACCGGAUUGUCGGCGAGCUGCUGCAGCCCGGCGGCGUCGCCUCCCUCAAGAAGCUCGGUCUCGGUCACUGCCUCGAGGGCAUCGAUGCACAACCUUGUUACGGCUACCACGUCAUGCACAAGGGCGAUGAGGUCGCCAUCCCGUACCCGUACAUGGACGACGAAGGCUGUAUCGUGACCGACAUGAACAAGAAGCAGAUCCCCACCGAUGAUCACGUCAACGGUCACACCAAUAAUCACACCAUUGACGGCCAUGCCAACGGCAACGGUCACCUGUACAACGGCGGCUACGAAAAGCUCGAGCCGAUGGCGACGAAGCCUGAGGGCCGCUCCUUUCAUCAUGGAAGGCUGAUAACGAACCUAAGAAAGUCUUGCCUUGCGCACAAGAAUAUCACAGUGGUGGAGACGGAGGUGACGGCGACCAUCCGGGGAACCCACACUCCCCAGGUUCUCGGCGUGGAGGCGCGGACCACGGACAAGUCGACGGGAAAGAAGCACGCAGACUGCUUCUUUGGCCAAUUGACCAUCAUCGCGGAUGGCUAUGCGUCCAAAUUCCGCAAGCAGUACAUCUCCCGCGCGCCAAUCGUUCGAUCUAAGUUUUACGCCUUAGAGCUGAUUGACUGCCCAUUACCCCCGUACGGUUACGGUCAUGUUGUAAUUGGUGAGAAGCAUCUGGCGCUGCUGUACCAGAUUGGCUCGCAUGAGACCCGUUGCCUCAUCGACGUUCCCGAGAACCUUCCCGCUGCCUCGCCGGCAAAUGGGGGUGUGCGCGGCUACCUCCAUAAGGUUGUUAUCCCGUCGCUCCCAGAGUCUGUUCGCCCCUCUGCCUUGAAAGCCCUCUCGGAUGGCAAGAUCCCAAGGAGUAUGCCAAACAGCUGGUUACCCCCUACACCUCAGACUCAGCACGAGGGCAUCCUGAUCCUCGGUGACGCCAUGAACAUGCGGCAUCCUCUGACGGGAGGCGGCAUGACGGUUGCAUUCAACGAUGCACUUCUCGUUGCAGAACUGCUAGAUCCGGAUGUCGUUCCCAGCCUGUCCGACACAGCUGCCGUCCGGGCUGCCAUGAAAACGUUUCACUGGCGUCGCAAGCGGUUGACAUCGAUCGUCAACGUGCUCGCCCAGGCGCUUUACAGUCUCUUUGCCGCGAGCGACUGGCGUCUGGACGCCCUCAGGCGUGGCUGCUUUGAAUACUUCCAGCGCGGCAUCACCGAUGAGCCUUGUGCCAUGUUGGCGGGUCUUCUCGAGAGCCCUACCACGCUCGCCUAUCACUUCUUCAGCGUUGCAUUUGUCGCACUUUGGCUACAUCUCUCCGGCUCGAUCGGCUCGCCCGCGGGUUUGUGGAAAUUGCCCAUGGUCCUGAUUGAAUGUGUCAUGAUUUUGUGGAAGGCCUGUGUCGUAUUCCUUCCUGUCAUGUGGGCCGAGGCCGCCUAGACGGUAGGCUUUUACUCUCUCUUAUGGUCACACGUGAUGUUUUCGGUCUUUGGGUUGUUUUCUUGCUUUUAAAGGGACACUUGGUCACAAAGAGGACUAAGAAGAGCAAGGGAGGAAACGCCAAAAGGAGGAGAACCCCCCGAAUUCUCCUUCGACUGAGAAGUGCGUCUAGGCCAGCAUGACGAUAUGGCCUUGUUCCCUACAUUUAUAAUACCCUCCCCUCCCCCUCUUCUGCUAUUUCUUUGCCCGACAACCUAUCCUAUCUGGGCCUGGGUGCCACUAAGAGCUUAAACAAAGCUAGAGCUGCAAAGCAUCGCGGGAUGGCCAGUCCCCACCAUCACUACCUACUACACCCUCUCGACUGCGCCAAAUUAGACCUGAACCUCUCGUGUGGUAAAAGACAACACUGCUAAAAGACGAUAACUGUGGCGUUCUUUUUUCACUUCUUUUUUUUUUUUACGGAGUUUCUAGCCUUGGCUUUAUGUGUUUGCCUCCUUUGUAGGCGGUAAUAACCUGAUUCUUUUUCAGACUCGACUUUCUUGUUUGGGGGUGUUUCUUUUCUUUUCUUCCCUUUUUUUUUUUUUUUUUUUUUUUUUGGGGGGGGGGGGUCUUUUUAUCUUUUUCUUGUAUACGUCUCUUCCUCUCGCACAAUCGUCUGGUCCACAAUGUAUAUAGAGCUGCAAAACAAACAAUGAGUCUACGUUCGAGGGGGCAGCGGGAUGACGUAUCUCAUACCUUGAACCUAGAGCCUAGAGAUUUUAAUCAAUUAGCUACGAUUUUACGAAGAUUGUUUCAAUACUA